AAAAAAAUGCAUCCACCUGCGUCAAUCUAUUUACAAACUGACAAGAUUAAAACAAUCGAGUAAGCAAACCGUUCUAAUCCAAGAAUGGAGAUUUGGGACUGAAGUACCAAUAAAUGCAAAGGUGAUUAAAGCAAUAAUAUUGUUCACAUUGAAGGAAAUCUCUAAUUACAAGUUAAUAUUGGAGGAAAUGAGAGUAGAGUGAGGAGAGGGUGAAGUCUGGACCUUUCAGGGUAGAGGUUGAUGUCUCCAGGAUCACAUCCCCAAACCGCUCCCUCCCAUCUUCCUGAGCUUUAACGACUGGACGUCAGUGGAUCGAUCGGCGCAGGCGUGCACUAGGAGGUCUGGCUGCUGCUUCAAUGUAAGAAAUGGGGAUGAAUAAUUUUUUAUUCGCUCAGUGCAUCCUGUAUUUUCUCGCUUUUCUGUUUGGCUUCAUCGCCGUGGUGCCGCUGUCGGAGAACGGCAGUGAUUUCCAGGGGAAAUGCCUGCUCUUCACCAGCGGGAUGUGGCAGAAUGAGAACAUCACGGUGGAGAAACAGCGCUUCAUGGUCGAGGAAUGGGGCCCGGAAUCCGCCUGUCAGUUCACCACCUUCAUCGGACUCUUCAGCCUCCUCCUGUCGGCAGUCCAGGCCUGGAGGCUCCUUUUCUACCUUUGCAAAGGACAUGAUGACACUUUCUUUGCAACGUUCCUGAAUCUGCUGGUCAGCACUUUCGUGGUCUUCCUUAUCUUCGUGGCAAGUACUCUGGUGACUGUUGGCUUCAAUAUGUGGUGUGAUGCGAUCACUGAGAACGGAAGAAUGCCUAACAGUUGUGAAGAAUUGCAGGAUAUAGAUCUGGAACUCCAUUUGGAUAAUUCUUCUUUCUACGACCAGUUUGUGAUUAUCCAGUUUGGCCUAUGGGCCGGAUGGGUUGCUUGGAUGGCAAUUACCAUUCUGGCGUUUCUGAAGGUGUAUGACAACUAUAGGCAGAAGGAGCUCCUCGAUAGCCUGGUCCACGAGAAGGAGUUGCUUCUAGCAAGAUCAUCCAAGAGAAUAUUAGAUCAAGUUGAGAAAAAUGCAUUGAUUUAAAUCCAAUUUCAUUGCAUCUUGUAGAAGGAUGACUCUGCCUGAGAUAAAUCAAUGCUGCAUGUUCUUGUCAAGAAGAAAAAAAACUGUAAAACAGGAUAGUCUUCAUCGUAAUGAUAACGUCUAUAAAUAAUAACUAUGUCUUACUAUAGAUACUGUUGUUCUUUCAGUGCCUACUAAACAUUAGUCUUUAAAAUGUAGUAAUUUUGUAAGAUGUUACUGCGCAAAAGGUAAUGACUGCCGUAGUGCUAAGUUAAAAUUGAAACUUCUGCUCAUACAUCAAAACCUUAAACUUAUUGAUAAGAACAAAACUAUCCUGUUUUGCAGUAGCAAUCUAAACAUCAUAUAAGAAAUUUCAUGUGCUAAAGAUAAACAUGGUAAUAUAUUAAAAUAAUGAAGGAACAAAAAAAUUACAGCCAGUUGUAUUCCACAUGGUUCAGCAUACUCCCACUGCUACAAAAUAUUGUACUGUAAGCAUAUGAACGAGUUGAUAACUGAUGCCCGCUUUCAUAGCAGGUGGUAAUGAAUUUCAUGUUCACCAUGUCAAUAUUGUUUGGAGCCAAACUCUGUGAAACCUGAAUAUUCUUUCUAUUGACAAUGCAUUGCUUUCAUACUUGAAAAUCUCAUCCGCAAUGUUUAGAAAAUGAUAAUGAUGGUUCCUUAGGAGCAGCUGCUAUCUUACACCUCUGAAUGUUCUACCUUAAAUCAGUUGCUUCUCUUCAGCUAAUAAAAUGAACAACAGCAAUUGGAAGCUUAGUGGUAUAAAGUGACAGACUUUAUUGUGCCAUAUGUUGCUCGUAAAAAGAAAGAUCCUUGUCACUAAUGUCAAUUCUUUAACCUUGAUUACAGUGUCCUUUGCUGAAAACUGUGUAAAAUUAAAUUCAUUCAUAUGCUUGUUUA